CAAUCAUACUUAAAGCAAUUAAAACAGUGUCAAUUCUCCUAGUAAGUAUAAUGCAAUGUAAGUGGCUUUGGAUAAAUGACAUGUAAUGAAAAGUAAAUAUUUUUAACUCCUUCCGCUUUCAGUCAGUCCGCCAUUGUCUGCCAGGCUUUUUCUCUCUGCUUAAUCACAGCUGCCGUAUUCGGGUGAGAAAUAUGCUGCACGCUGCAUAUUCUCCAUUUCCGCAUCAGUAAAUCCGUGAUGGACACCGUGGUCACGCAGGAUCCCAGCUAUGUGCACCUGGAUCGACGUAGCUUCCCCUUCUCAUCACAGUCACUUAUCCUGGAUUCCUUUAUUCUACUUUUGUGCAACACCCCCCAGGUGCCCAGGAGGAAGACUCAGCUUCAACAUGUCUUUAGUGAACAGGAAGGGAUCAUUCUGUGUACCCUGGUUACACUUUGGACCUCAAUUUUAAUCAAUAACCAAUAAUUGCUGAUGGUAAGCGGCUGUGUCAGAGGUAGUCGGUCACCUGAGCAGGUGUCUGUGUGUGGUUAAUAAUCUCUGGUUAAUCUUCAUGGACUUUCACCUAAAACUCUCCAUCUACUCGUGUCUUCAGUAUUUGCUCCGUGACCGGCUGCAGGUGAAAUGGAGGAUGCUUCUAAGAGUCUUGAUAAUAUGGCAGACGGUGUCAAGCUACCAAUGGAAGGUAAAGGAAAAAAACAGCCAAUAGCAAAGCAGGUGGCGAAGUCAGACAUGAUUUACACCAUAGAAGACGUCCCACCAUGGCACCUGUGUAUUCUACUAGGACUACAGCACUACCUCACAUGUUUCAGUGGAACUGUGGCGGUGCCCUUUCUCCUGGCAGAGGCCAUGUGUGUUGGUCGUGACCCGAACACCGUCAGUCAGCUGGUGGGAACCAUCUUUACCACCGUGGGCAUCACAACCCUUAUUCAGACCACCGUGGGGGUCAGGCUUCCUCUCUUCCAGGCCAGUGCGUUUGCUUUCUUGAUUCCUGCCCAGGCGAUCCUCAGUCUGGACCGCUGGAAAUGUCCAAGUGACGAGGAAAUUUAUGGGAAUUGGACUCUACCACUUAGCACCUCACAUAUCUGGCAUCCACGGAUCAGAGAGAUCCAGGGCGCCAUCAUUGUGUCCAGUGCUGUGGAACUUUUGAUUGGGCUUUGUGGGUUGCCAGGUUUGCUGCUGGAGUACAUUGGCCCCCUCACCAUCACUCCAACUGUCUCACUGAUCGGCCUGUCUGCGUCUUCCAUUGCUGGAGACAGGGCUGGGUCUCACUGGGGCCUGUCAGCAUUGUGUAUUUUUCUAAUUGUGCUCUUUGCUCAGUACCUGAGAGAGACCUCAUUUCCUGUUCCUGUUUACACCAGGAAGAAGGGACUGACCUCCACUCGUGUGCAGAUCUUCAAAAUGUUUCCAAUCAUUCUCGCCAUCAUGUUAGUUUGGCUCGUUUGCUACAUUCUCACGCUCACCAACCUGUUGCCAAGCAAUUCUGAGAGUUAUGGACACAAGGCUCGUACCGAUGCCCGUGGUGACAUCAUGACUUCGUCCCCCUGGUUUAGAGUACCCUAUCCCUGCCAGUGGGGGUUGCCGGUGGUAACAAUUGCCGGGGUGUUGGGGAUGCUGAGUGCCACCAUGGCCGGCAUUGUGGAAUCGAUUGGUGAUUAUUAUGCCUGUGCUCGUCUCUCUGGAGCCACGCCUCCUCCAGUCCACGCCAUCAACAGGGGGAUCUUCACUGAAGGUGUUUGCUGCAUAAUUGCUGGUCUUUUAGGAACAGGAAACGGCUCAACCUCCUCCAGUCCAAAUAUAGGCGUUCUAGGCAUCACAAAGGUUGGCAGCAGGCGGGUGGUACAGUACGGAUCUGUUAUCAUGUUGAUAAUGGGUUCAGUCGGGAAGUUCACGGCUUUGUUUGCCUCUCUGCCAGACCCGAUCCUUGGUGGAAUGUUCUGCACACUUUUUGGUAUGAUCACAGCCGUCGGUCUCUCUAACCUGCAACUUGUUGAUCUGAACUCUUCAAGGAACCUUUUUGUUUUGGGAUUCUCAAUGUUCUUUGGUCUGACUUUGCCAACGUACUUGGAUAAACACCCCGAGUCCAUUAAAACAGGUCUUGCAGAGCUGGAUAACAUCCUGACAGUUCUUCUGUCCACUGAGAUGUUUGUUGGGGGUUUCCUGGCUUUUUGUCUCGACAACACGAUACCAGGUUCCAAACAGGAGCGCGGUCUAGUUGAGUGGAGGUCCUCUUCCGAUUCCUCCUCUUCCUCGUAUGACCUCCCAUUUGGGAUGGGUGUGGUUGGACGUACUCAAUGGCUAAGACGCUUUCCCAUCAGUCCCUCCUUUGCAGGUUUCAAGGUUUCUGCCCCUCCAAGGCUACCUGAGGAAGAAGAGGAGGCUCCUGACAUGGACCCGCUCAGUACCAAGUUGUGACUGUCAUCCGUCAAUGUCAACUGAUUGGGAAUUAAAUCUGCGAUGCAAACUCUUUUGGUCUUUUAUUGAUGUAAAUCUUCAGUUGAUUUCUAUUGAGUUGAGUUCUAUUGUUGAUUUAUUAAUCAGCUGAUUUUGCUACACUUUAUAUGUAGCUUAAGCGCAAGUUCAGUCAGGAAGACAACCAGUCGGGCUCUUUUUUCCUCCCGGGUAUUUAUGCUAUCAGCUGAUUGGUUACCAAAAUGUGCACGCCCCCAAUCAGAUUCUACAACUAUUCGCUGGAGCCAAUCACGUUGUUGCUGUCAAGUGUUUAAAAGUAUUCUCCUCUCCGUUGGCUGUCUGCUGUCAUUUUCAGUGUGUAGCUGAGGCGACCCUCCUCCACCCUAGUCACCUCCAGUUGGCAUCGGCGUGGUUCCAGGUUCAUCAUCUAGUUGCUGCUAUUCCUAUUCACCACCACCAGUGUCUGGACUCCAGGGGGAUUGGGAUUAUUGGACCUCAGUAUCCCUACCUUCGGGAAUAGUCCCUCAGGAUGGAGUCCAAUCGCCAAAGAAUUGCACAAGUCAUAGUUGAUGCUUAUGUAAUAAACCAUUGUUACUAUCAAAUAAGUCUCUCCUGAUUGAAAUGAUUUGAACUCUAAAGGUCAGAAAGACAUAUUUUUAAAUGCAAUUUUAGCUGAUGUAACUCUUCCGUAAUUUAAAUCAACAUAAAUUGAUCCUUUUACUAAUCAAAACCAAAAAUAAAAGUUUCCAAAAAUAUAUGCUUCUUUGAUGAAAACGAAUUAUGUACAUAUCAUCUUGUGGUUAGGAAUUCGAAGCAAACAAUGACUACAAUCUUUAGAAAAACACAUCAUAGUAUUAAGCAACCGUUCUUUGAAGAGAAGCCAUUGGUUGAGUUGCUUAUACAACCGUAUGGGAUUUAAAUGGCAAAUAAAAAAAAUUACGUUGGCCCUCUACUCUAGCUGUGUGUGUGUGCGCGUGCGUGUGCGCGCACAUGUAACAGAGUCAGAAAUACAUGUUAUCAUUUUCAAUGCAUCAUCUCUUAAGCCGAUGACUGAAAUGCCAACUUGGGUGCGCCGUCGUUCUUUCUCGUUAGCGGAAAGGUCAAAGGUCAAGUCGAGUGACGCGCAAUUGUGGCCUUUUCGCCAGGGGACGCCGGCUGUUUGUCAACGCGUGGGCACUGUUGUGGUUGUUUCUGAAGGCCCCUGAGACACUGUUUCAUGCUUUUAAAACGACAAGCAUUUGAAAAGACUUGACACUGUGCAAAUGUCUAUUCUGUCAUGAAAUGUCCAAGAUGUUUCACCUCAUCACAGGCCAGAAGGUCAUUGUCAGCCAAUUUAAAAUGAGGGAAUUUAAAAAGAGUCCACACUGUUUGCAGGAGGAGCAGCUGAGAUGAGGAGAUGGAUCCA